AUGUCAUCGUUCCACAACAAGAAGCUGGCUCUGAGUUCCCACCAUGACAGACCCACGGCACUGAACUUAGGCGCGAACAAUGACAACUACAGCGGGAAGCGGAAGCUGCUUCGAUCCUUUCGGAGCUCGAGGAACGAUACGUGCCCAGACUGCAAAGAAAAGGGAAUAAUUAUAUGUGACAACAGUGAAGGGACGCAGAUAUGUAACGGCUGCGGACGUGUGUUGGAAAGUCGCAUUCUCUCUGAAGAGCAGGAAUGGAGAAACUUUAACAGCGAUGGACAGAUGAAGUCCAAUGAUCGUAAUAGAGUUGGAGAGGUGAGUGACAUAUGGUUCGAAAAUAACUUAACGAGCACGACCUUUAUUAAGUCAAGCAAGAAGCUGCAGCACCUGAAUAUGAUGACCCAAAUAAAUAAGAGUGACCAGACUUUGCUGUCCGCCUUCAACAUACUGAAGUUGAUAUGUGAGACCUUCUUCCUGCGGAGCAAUGUGAUUGAGCGGGCGAAGGAGAUAACGAAGGAGCUGCAGGACAUGGAACAGCUGAAGAACCGAAUCAACAACCUUAACAUGCUGGCAGUGGUUUAUCUGGCCUGCAGAGAAGCAGGACACAUCAAGAGCAUCAAGGAGCUCAUCACCUUCGAUAGGUCUUUCAAAGAGAAGGAUCUAGGAAAGACAAUAAAUAAGUUGAAAAAGAUCCUUCCUUCUAGAGCUUUUGUCUAUAAUGAGAAUAUUUCUCACUUAAUUUUUACCUUAUCGAAUCGGCUACAAUUAUCCAUUGAUGUGAUAGAGGCAAUUGAGUAUGUAGUGAAGAAAGCUACGACGUUAAUUACCACGUCACAUCGGUUGAACUCUCUUUGUGGUGGAUCCAUUCACCUUAUUGUUGAGCUAAACACAAGUGAAGAGAAAAAUGUAAAACUCCCGAACAUCGCGCAAAUUGCUGCUGUGUGUGGAGUUACAACGAAUACGUUGAAGACCACCUUUAAGGAGCUCCUCAGUGCAGCAGAUUAUAUUUUACCUUCGUACUACUUGGUGGACAGCAACUCCAAGUUGGCCACACUUCGGCAGAAGUAUCUCAGUGACGACCGGCGCAGGAAGAACAAGUGA